UUCACAGCAAUCAAACGGUCAACACGAUGUGUCAUCGUACACCUGGGAACCAACAUAACUCGUACUCCCUCUCAGUUUCUCGCUGUCUCCGUCCUCGGAACUCAGUAACCCCACAAAAACUCAAAGACAGUUAACAGAGAGUCAGAGUGAGGGAAUGGGUGUGAUCGAUUUAAUUACGAGGGUCGACGCGAUUUGCAAGAAGUACGACAAGUACGAUGUUGAUAAGCACAAGGACUCCAGUGUUCCUGGGGACGACACUUUUGCUCGUUUAUACGGCGUCGUUGAAGCCGACACCGAUGCAGCCCUCCAGAAAUCAGAGGCGGCUGCCACCGAGAAGAACAGGGCUACGGCGGUUGCUAUGAAUGCCGAGAUUCGACGAACCAAAGCUCGUUUGCUUGAGGAGCUCCCUAAAUUGCAGAGACUUGCUCUUAAAAAGGUCAAAGGACUUUCAAAAGAAGCGCUCGAGGCUCGAAAUGAUUUAGUUCUUUCGCUGAAAGAGAGGAUUGAAGCUGUACCUGAUGGAUCUGAGACUAGUGGAGCAAAACAAACUGGUGGUUGGACAGCUUCUGCCUCAUAUACUGGGAUCAAAAUUGACUCAACUUCAGGCGGAAGAUUUGAUUCUGAGUACUUUCAACAAACUGAAGAAUCAGAUAAGUUUAGGGAGGAGUAUGAAAUAAGGAGAGUGAAACAGGAUCAAGGUUUGGAUGUUAUAGCUGAAGGAUUGGAUACAUUGAAAAACAUGGCACAUGACAUGAAUGAGGAAAUGGACAGACAAGCGCCAUUGAUGGAUGAAAUAGACGAUAAGGUUGAUAGAGCAAACACUGACCUUAGAGGUACAAAUGUGAGACUCAAGGAAACUGUAACCAAGCUGAGGUCCAGCCGCAACUUUUGCUUUGACAUCAUCCUCUUGUGUAUAAUUUUGGGAAUUGCUGCCUAUUUAUACAAUGUGUUGAAGUGAUAUUGGUGCUCUGCCUACCACCACCACCCUUCUCUCCUUGCUGACAAAUGGACUUGAGGAUUUUUUGUGUUACACACAUUUUUCUUCUUGUGGAUGUUAUCUCUGUUUUCUUUUUUGUUAGCAUACGCCCAAUUCAUUCUCUCUAUCAUUGAAAAGUUUUUCAAGAUCGCUUCGAUUGGGCAUUGUUGGCCGAGGUUCGAAUCUCUAGGCUUACUUGAUACUUGCGCAAGAGACCGUUCAAGUAUCUAGGGUUUACCUGUGCGUUAGCACGGUAUAACAUCGAAUUGGUUGAUCUUGUAUAUAUAUAUAUAUGGUUUAACUUUAACCUUUUGAAAA